AUUUCAGACACUUUGAUGGGUUUUUGGCAUUGGAUUAAGUGCAGCUAAUUUCCUGUUUUCAUUUUAUUUAUUUGUCCCACUGCUAUAUAAGCCGUUCAGUGUGGGUUGUUUUGGCAGAAAGGCUUUGUUCAAUAUGAGGUCCAUAAUUCUGCUGAGCUUCGCCUCCCUGAUUUGGAUUGCCAGUGGCAUUCAGAUCGAUUGCGACAAGCCCGAUACCAUCAAUGAGGAGCACAUCCAUUACUGCUGUAAGCAUCCCGAUGGCCACAACGACAUCAUUGAGAACUGCGCAAAGGAGACGGGCUUCCACCUUCCCAGCCAGACCGAGGAGGCUUUGGUGGACAUCACGGCGGAUCGGGCCAUUCGAGGCACCUGCUUUGGCAAGUGCAUCCUGAACAAACUCAACCUGAUGAAGGACAACAAUGUGGACAUGGAUGGUGUCAAGAAGUAUUUCAACACAAAGUUCGCAAGCGAUCCUGAGUAUGCCAAGGAAAUGAUCAAUGCCUUCGACCACUGCCACGGCAAAAGCGAGGACAACACCUCCAAGUUCCUGUCGAAGCCCAUCUUUAAGCAUAUGUCCCAUCAAUUUUGUGAACCCAAGCCCAGCGUGGUUCUAGCCUGCGUCAUCCGCCAGUUCUUCCACAAUUGUCCUGCUGAUCGUUGGUCCAAGACUAAGGAGUGUGAGGACACUUUGGCCUUUAGCAAAACAUGCCAGGACGCAUUGGCCUCAUUGUAAUUCCUGAAUUUAUUUUGUGAAUAAAGGAAAAGAACGAAUAAGUCA